AUGGUCGCCCCCGCCGUCCCCGACCACCCCUCUGGCGCCGAAACCCUCAUCUCCCUCCUGCGGUCCCUCGCCGACUCGGUCGUCGACUCGCGCUCGAUCGCCAGCCCGCCAGGCGCCUUCGACGCGCAGCCCUACCUCGCCCAGUCGGCUCCCCUCUUUGCCUCGCUCCACGGCCUCAACAGGGCGGGCCUCGUCGCCGCAAAGGAGUGUCGCGCCAGCAGCCAGGACGCCCGCCUCGACAUGGACGCAGCCCACCUCCGCCUCCAGAACCUCCUCUUCGAGCGCAACCACAUCGAGCGCGAGAUCCGGUCCGCAGAGGAGUACUCGAGCGAGUACCAGAACCUGCCGCUGCACUCAGUCGACGACCUGCGCGAGCUCGCCGCACGACCCGACCCGCCCGCCGGCCUCCAGGUCCCGCUCCCGACCGGCGACACGCAAGAGUCGGCGCACGAGCUCAUGCUUGCCCGGUUGGCGUUCGAGCUCGCCGAGCGAAAACGGUUCGAGGACGAGCGCAAGGAGCUCGGCGCCGCCAAGGCCAAGCUCGUCAAGGAGAACGAGGUCAAGAAGGCGCGCCUCGAGGACCUCGAGAAGCAGCUCACCGACUUUGUCGAGAGCGCCAAGGGCAUCCAGGCCAAGAUGCAGGAGGAGCCGUCCGCACCCAUCGCGCCCGCACCUUGA